AUGGCAUUCAAUUCAACAUCAAAUGAAUUGUUUUGCAAAGACUGCAGAAUGAUUGCUACAAACGUCGUAGAAGACAUGAAGCAAGGCGACAUCAUAUGUGGAGACUGUGGCAUGAUCCUCUCCAAGGGCAGACUCAUUGAUGCUGGUUCGGAAUGGAGGAAUUUCGCUGACGACUCUGGCGAUGCCGAUCCAUCUCGUGUCGGAGGUGCCAUUGAUCCAACUACGGGCCAGAUGGAAUCCACGACUAUCUCCUUCCGUGAUGGACGUACUGGUCAAUCUGCCGCAUUGUUGAAGUCUCACAAAAUGGCUACCGACAAUGAUAAAUCCUUGCAGGCAAUCCGUGAAGGUUGGAGAAACAUUCAGAUAUACUCGGAACGGGCUGCUCUCUCAAGAGCUAUGAUCGAUAUGGCAAAGGAACUCUACUUUUUAUUAUCAAAGUCAUCUCCAACUAAGUCCGCUGAUGAAGCUGGUGUCGCUGCUUGUAUCAUGGCUGCUGCAAAACUACGACAAGGUGAACGUACGUUUAAGGAAAUAUCGGCCCUAACUAGCAUCCCCGUAAAGGCUAUUGGUAAACGAUAUAAAGUCCUACUCAAAAUCAUUGAAGAACAACGUGCAAACCCCGCCAAUGCAUCAUCCACAGUAGCAGAGGCCGCAUCCGACAUCACUCGUGAAGCAGUCAAUGUAGCAUCCAUGAUCCCUCGAUUUGCCAAUCUACUCGACUUGUCUCCAGAAGCUCGUACCUUUGCCAAACUAUUGACCGAACGCGUAGAAGCUUCAGGUGUACUCGCAGCCAGACAACCAACUACUGUAGCAGGCACUUGUCUUCUCGUCGCCGUCGCUCUCUCACCAAAGGACUCUCAUGUCAAGGCCAAGAAGAUUGGUGACGUAGUAGGCAUCCAACCAUCUACAUUGCAGAAAUCACACAACACGGUAGUCAAUAGUUGGGAGAAACUCAUCAAACCUGAAGAAAUGCCUGCUGGAUUCAAAGCUAUUGAAGCCCAUCGAAGUGAAGGUCUUCAUGGUAUCUUGUAG